AUGAGGGAGCAGCAGGGUUCCGGCGACGUGGCGGGGCGCCGCCGGGGCGGGGUCAUCAGGUCGCUGCUGGGCGUCGAGCGCCGGCUCGCGGAGGGCAACGCGGACGCCGAGGGGGCGGUCGGAGUCUCCUCGGGGAAGCAGCCGGCGGCCGCGGACGGUUGCGGUGGCGAGGAGAGGAAGGCCGUGGUGAGGGUGGUGGCGGCCGACAUGCCGCCCGCGCUGCAGCGCCGCGCGUUCCGCUGCGCCCGCGUCGAGCUCGCCGCCAUGCCGAACUUCCCGCGCCGGCUCGAGCCCAAGCGCCUCGCGCUCGCGCUCAAGAAGGAGUUCGAUACUGCUUAUGGACCAGCUUGGCACUGCAUCGUGGGGACGAGUUUCGGUUCAUAUGUCACGCACGCCCGGGGUGGAUUCUUGUAUUUUUCCGUCGAUAAGGUCUACAUCCUGCUCUUCAGGACAGCCGUGGAGCCCUCGCCUCAUUGA